CCAGGAUCUAUUUCCUGUUUUUUUUUCUCCCAUCAACCCAACCAAUUUUAUAAGACUGUUUUACUUUAGCUAGUCACUUACGUCCACGCGCCGCUACCGGUCCACCACCACCAAGGAUGUCGGCGCUCAGCACCAUCACUGCCCAUCUCCUCCCUUCACCCGCAAAAAUCUCCGCCUUUGAAGCCGUGAAACCUCGGACCCUUCCCUUCAAUUCCGCCCAGUUAUGCGAUCAAAGCACUUCUACGGCUUCUUUGACCUCGCUGCUGUUACCGAAACCCACUUCCCGUCGGCGACUCAAGUCCGUGGCUGAAGAUAGAGAACUGGGCUCUGCAGAGAGCAUUGAAAGAGAUGACGAGAAAGCUCCCGGAGAGUCAAAGUCGGAGAAGAUAAAAAAUGAGACCGUGUCGAAUUUGUCCGACAGAGAUCGGUUUCUUAAUGCUGCAAUUGUUCUAGGUGCUGGUACUCUCGCCAUCACUAAGCUGCUUACCAUUGAUCAUGACUAUUGGAAAGGAUGGACCCUUUAUGAAGUCUUGAGGUAUGCCCCAGAGCAUAAUUGGAUUGCUUAUGAAGAGGCUCUAAAAGCAAACCCUGUAUUAGCUAAAAUGGUGAUUAGUGGCAUUGUUUAUUCUCUCGGAGAUUGGAUUGCACAAUGUUAUGAAGGGAAACCUCUUCUUGAUUUUGACCGGACACGCAUGUUCAGGUCUGGCCUUGUUGGAUUCUCACUUCAUGGAUCUCUCUCUCACUAUUAUUACCAGUUUUGUGAGGCUCUCUUCCCGUUCAAUAGUUGGUGGGUUGUUCCUGCCAAAGUUAUGUUUGACCAAACCAUAUGGUCUUCAGUUUGGAACAGCAUCUACUAUGUCGUUCUGGGCUUCUUGCGUUUUGAAUCCCCUAGCAACAUUUUUAACGAGCUCCGAUCCACAUAUUGGCCCAUGCUGACGGCUGGAUGGAAGCUUUGGCCAUUUGCUCAUCUGAUCACUUAUGGUGUGAUCCCGUUGGAGCAAAGGCUUCUGUGGGUAGACUGUGUUGAACUUGUGUGGGUCACUAUACUCUCGACUUAUUCCAAUGAGAAGUCCGAGGCUCGGGUUUCUGAAGAUUCAUAAGAGGCCACACCUACUACUAUGCCAAACAGUCCUCGUCGACAAAAAAAAUGAGCUCCAAGAAACUGCAGUAAAGUGAUGGUACAGAUAAACCAUAGCAAGACACAUACUUGUUAUCUAAGAAGAUCCUUGACUUAAUUGUUGUAAUAUUAUUGUUGUAACCUUAGCUUCUUUAUUUUCUUCCUUUUGUCUUGCUUUUUUAUUUACUUACUUGAUGCUUAUAUUCUUGCUUAGGUGCGUUGAUGAACUAGAAUUAUGAUUACAAGCACUGUAAUGAGUGAGUUUUUUUUUAACUGUGAUGAGUGAGUUUGAUCUCCAAGACAAUAAAUUAUUCCAGGAAAAAGGGUCAAAUGAGCCCGUG